UCUUUUAUAUAUCUAUAUAUGAAAUCCAUUGUUGUUGUAUUGCCUCUGUUAGUAGGCACGUAUGCACUUGUGAACGAUAUUAAUGAAGACUGUAUAGUCAUCAACCCUAUCGGUAAUACGAUUGUUAUGGCCGGAGACAAAAUGAAAAUUUCGUGGACAAAUUCGCAUGUAGACAGAUUUGCCAGUAUCUAUUUGGUUCAGUCGGAUGGACUUACACAGCCUAUUGUGAUUGCUGAAGAUGUCCCUACGUCUUCGGGACAAGUAGUGGUUGAUCUCCCAAGUAACUUGAUUCCUUCCAAUGCAUACUACAUGACAUUGGGUGUGGCUCCUUAUCAUUGUCAGUCUGGUAAUCUUCGUAUUUUAGCAGCUUCUUCAGUUCCUCCUGAUUCGAAGACACCAGAUACAUUCAGAGAUCAAAUCGACAAUGGUCGGUAUCCUCAUCAAGCACCUAGUGAUGCAAGAACACUUAUGGAAGCUAUGCCAUUGACAUUGGCUAUCUUAUUGACAAGCUUUGUCUUGUUUAGUCUUACUUAAUAAUAAACGAGGUCUUUUUUUUUAAAAAAAAAAACA